AUGCCCCUCCUCUCGCUCGCGCUACUGGCGACCGUAGCGCUCGCUGCGCCGACCGCUGAGCGCCGCGGCGGCCUCAUCACCAUCCCGCUUGCGAAGAGCGCGCCGUCGUUCGCGCACCACGCUGCGCGCGGGCUCGAUAUCGAGGGACUGCAUGUGCGCACGCGCUUGCGCGAUGCUGGACUCCUGAGCCGCGGCGACCUCAUCGCUCUCGAGCGCGACCUCGCGUCCCAGCGCCAGAGCAGCUCCGCCCUCUACGACUACCGCCGCGACAUGAGCUACUCGGUCAACGUGACCCUUGGUACCCCGCCGCAGCCGUUCCGCCUCACGGUCGACACGGGCUCGCCCAAUGUCAUUGUCUACGGCAAGAACUGCACCGAGGGGUGCGGGACCGACGCGACGCCCAAGUUUGACUACGACGCCUCGACCUCGCUCAUCAACUCGAGCGUCACGCCGAACCCUACGCAGUUCUACUACCAAGCUGGCCGCGCCACGGCCCACUGGGUGACCGACACGCUCGUGCUUGGCGGGGCUACCGCGGACAAGUUUGACUUUGCGUACGCGUCUGACGGCACCAUGUCGGCUACGUCUACGAACGAGGUGUCGGGCAUCCUCGGCAUGGCAUACCAGCGCGACACGACCAAGCCGCUGCCCCUCCCGCAGAAGUGGGCGACCACGGGCGCCUGGGACACGAAGGAGUUUGGACUGUACCUCAAGCGCAACGGCGGAAACCAGGCCGACUUCCUGUACACUGACCGCAUCAACGGUGGCACCGAGGACGGCGGCGAGCUGGCCCUGGGUGGCCUCAACACGGAGUACAUUGACGGCGAGGUCGAGUGGCAUGACAUUGUGCCCGACGGCCUGUGGUGGCAGAUCCCGAUCAACGGGUUCGCCGUGAACGGCGUCGACGUCCCCAUCCGCGCCAACCAGAGCGUCAUGAUCGACUCGGCCACCACGUUCCUCUCGAUGCCGUCGGACGCCGCGAUCGCAUUCUACAAGGCCAUCCCGGGCUCGGCGCCCGUCAACGGCUCGUUAGGCCACUGGACCGUGCCGUGCAACACGACCGCUGUCGUUGGCUUCAAGUUUGGCGACGGUUCAGGCCAGGCGUUCGAGAUGCAUAGCGGCGACCUUAUCCGCGGACACAUGCCGGCGCCCAACGAGGACCAGUGCAAGGGCAUCGUGCUGGCUCGGGGCGGCUGGAUCUUUGGCGCUGCGUUCCUCAAGAACGUGUACAAUGCUCACCGCUACGACCCGCCCCAGCUCGGCUUUGCGCAGCUCAAGCCCGAGUACAACGUCAAUCGCGACGGCUACGGCGUGACGGGCGGUCCGUCGCCUACGCCCUCGUCGUCGUCGUCGGCCUCGUCGACGCCCGUGUCCUCGUCGACGCAGGUGUCCUCCUCCACCACGGCCUCGCCGACGACCGAGCCCUCCACGCCGUCGAGCUCUGAGCCGGCGCCGUCCAGCACGACCUCGUCGGAGGCGCCGACGCUAACUGGCCCCAAUAACGGACAGGACGGACAGGACGGUCAAGACGGCCAAGACGGACAGGACGGCCAAGAUGGCCAGGACGGUCAGGAUGGCCAGGACGGCCAGGAUGGCCAGGACGGCCAGGACGGUCAGGAUGGCCAGCCCGGUGCCGACGGCGCCGACGGCCAGUAG